AUGUCAACCCCAACUCUAACCAUAACCCACAUCACAACGGCCACCACAAUCCUCAAUAUAAAUGGCACAACCUUCCUAACAGACCCCUUCUUCGGCUCCAUCGACGGCAGCGAAUACGAAUCCACCCGCGUCUGGGAACAAACCGAUCUGAAAUCCCUCGGCUUGGAUGCAAUCCCACCUCCACCGCACCUCAUCAACCGCCGCGGCCCGGCCCUCCAGCUCAACGAGCUGCCCCCCAUCGACGCAGUGCUUCUCAGCCACGAAGACCACCUCGAUAAUCUCGACCCGGAGGGUCGUAAACUGCUAGACGCCCGUAAGGUGUUUACUACACCCGAUGGCGCGAACAACCUGCGUCCCCGGCCCGGAGUCGUCGGCCUGCGUCCCUGGGAAACAGUGACGUCUACCAUUGGGGACAAAGUCUUCCGCAUCACAGGCACCCCAUGCAAGCACUUCCCCGUCGGCGAAGUCACCGGCUUCAUUCUAGAAACAGACUCACUCGGCGUCCAUGCAGAGUCAGGUAAACCCAACGCGAUCUAUUUCUCCGGCGACACGGUGUACAUCGACGAGCUGAAGGAAAUCGGGAAAAGAUGGCACGUCACGGCUGCUCUUCUGAACCUGGGCAACGCGACAUUUGAAUUUCCUGUUGGAUCGAUUCAGAUCACGAUGGAUGGGGAGCAGGCUGUGCGAUUGAUGCGGGAGAUUGGCGCGGAUGUGAUGAUCCCGGUGCAUUUUGAGUCGUGGGAGCAUUUUAAGGAGGAUCGGGAUGGGUUGGUGGAGGCCAAAACCCUCGACCCCAUAACCCUCUUCCACGCCCCCUCCUCCUCAACCUCCACGAACGCCUACAACAUCCUCAAGCGCGCCUCAACAGCAGCCUCCUCCACCGCCCGCGGCGACUUCCAGCUCGAAGUCACCACCGCCCCGCCCACAACCGACCAGCUGCGCAAUAUCCUCGAUUACGUUUCGGCGGAUGCCAAUGCGGCGAGUACCAGCCGGAAUAGUAAGGCUUAUGCGGUUUCGGAUGUGAUUAAGGGUGCGAAGGAUGCGGAGGAUGCGGUGAGGAAGUUUAAGGAGGAUGGGGGGAGUGGGUUUGUUAGGCCGAUUACUGUUGACUGGACGAAUGCGCAGGCGGUGAUUGGUGAUAACGAGUCGGAGAUUCUCCGCAUGGUGCAUCAGAUCGAGGAGGGGAACUAA